AUGGCCGGGCCGACGAUCCAGAAUAUCCUGGCCUUGCCCAGCCCUACCUUCACUCUUACCAAGAUUCCCACUCAGGCCCCAAGCUGUGACAAAUGGGAAAGGGUCCUACCGCGACACGUCAGACAAUGGGACGAUUUUAAUCUGAACAACAUUUCCAGCGCUUUUGGAGACCUUCUCGGCCAGCCUGCGUCGGUAGCAAUGGGGGGACUCUAUGCCAACAGAGGAGCCAGGAACCUCAACGAGAUGAAGAAUCACUCCAUCGACUGGCUUCUCAGAAUUCUUGAGAGCCCCGUGGCUACUGGCAGCCGUCUUCUUGGCCACAGGCUAGGUUCCGCGAGUGUGAUCGAUCACUCACGGAACACAACGUUUCCUGGCGCAAAACAUAAGUACGGGUCCAGCCUCAUCUUUUACCUCGACACUAUGCCUCGCAUCCACUUCGUGGUCAGCUGUGCCCGUCUUUCAUCCCAAUGGACCUCAGAAGGUCUCAAGAACCAGGAGACAGCCGGCCUGCUCCCCAUCCGCCAGCUUGCCACCUACGCCAAAGAAAGCGGAACCCGCUAUUCUUUCAUCAUGGCAGACAAGGAAGUCGUCGUCGUGCGCUUCAUAGUAGACUCCAACGGCCGGUAUGGAGCCGAGUGGCAGGCCAUCCCGCGUGACGCAAGCGGCGAGGGGACUCUAACGGUUGGCCUGGCUGUCUGGGCUCUGAUCAUGAUGAGCCUCCACGAGCAGCACCGCGCGGUCGCGACCGAGGCCGAGACGCUACCCAUCAACCUUUGGUGGAGAGAGCAGGGUGUUGAUGGAAGAUUCACCUAUCGUCACCACUUAUCCGGGAGGGAGCUCCCCUACCUGUAUCCUGGAGCGGUAUAUAGAGAUUCUUGA